GUGGAGGUCGUCGCCUGAGAGAGCAAGUCGCUGCGUCCUUCGUCGCUGUCUUUCGGAGGCCAUGUAUUCCCGGCUCACCCGCCCUGCCUCGGCCGCCCUCCGGAGAGGGUUCGCCUCCUCCGCUCAGAAAAAUGCGAAAGUGGCGGUGCUUGGUGCUUCUGGAGGGAUCGGCCAGCCUCUUUCCCUCUUGCUGAAGAACAGCCCCUUAGUCAGUCACCUCAACCUCUAUGAUAUCGCACACACUCCCGGCGUCGCCGCUGACCUCAGCCACAUCGAAACGAGAGCCGAAGUAAAAGGUUUUCUAGGACCUGAGCAGCUGCCAGAGUCCCUAAAAGGCUGUGAAGUUGUAGUAAUUCCAGCUGGAGUCCCUAGAAAGCCAGGCAUGACCCGCGAUGACCUUUUCAACACAAAUGCCACCAUUGUAGCUAACCUUGCAGCAGCCUGUGCCAAGCAUUGUCCCGAAGCCAUGAUCUGCGUUAUUGCAAACCCGGUCAAUUCCACCAUCCCGAUUACUUCUGAGGUUUUUAAGAAGCAUGGGGUGUACAACCCCAACAAAAUCUUUGGAGUCACAACACUGGACAUCGUUCGAGCAAAUACUUUUGUAGCUGAGCUGAAGGGCUUGGAUCCAGCCCGGGUCAACGUCCCAGUCAUUGGCGGCCAUGCAGGGAAGACCAUCAUUCCACUUAUUUCUCAGUGUACACCCAAAGUGGAGUUCCCUCAGGACCAGUUGACAGCCCUCACCGGAAGGAUUCAGGAGGCUGGCACAGAAGUGGUCAAGGCCAAAGCAGGCGCAGGAUCAGCCACGCUUUCCAUGGCCUACGCUGGAGCCCGGUUUGUCUUUUCUGUACUGGAUGCCAUGAAUGGGAAGGAAGGGGUCAUCGAGUGUUCGUUUGUCCGAUCCGAGGAAACGGAGUGCACGUAUUUCUCCACGCCGCUACUACUUGGGAAAAAAGGCAUCGAAAAGAACCUGGGCAUCGGCAAGAUCUCUCCCUUUGAAGAGAAGAUGGUGGCCGAGGCCGUUUCGGAGCUGAAGGCGUCCAUCAAGAAAGGCGAAGAUUUUGCCAAGAGCAUGAAGUGAGGCCCUGACCACCAAAGCGAACUGCAGUCCCCUUAAUUUAUUUUAAGGUGCAUCAUGUCACUUUAGAGGUGUUCGGAGGCAAAACCGGGGUUUUUGCCUGAAAGGCCUUGGUAUUACCUGCCCUAUAAUCUGUCAGUUGGAAAUCUGUUCCUCCAUUAAAAGCUGUUAUUAUUUUUUUCAGGGUAUGCCCUGGCUAA